CGUUUUUUUUUUUUUGUUGAGCGUGGGCGUCACUUAGACCCGCACUGACUAACGUUCCACUUAGUAACGCUCAGAUUCGGCUGUCGUCUAACGUUUGGAUGUGCAUCUUUCUGUGGGGAACGGGGAAUUCUAUAUACUAGUAGAAUUCCGAGGAGACGGGAUCACAGAUUCCCAUCAUUCUUUUCGUUGUCUAUAACCAUAUCGUCAUACCGUCCAGCCAUCAACUAUGCCCUCUCAAACUCUUAUCCCCAAUACUGCGCCUCGCUACAGCUUCCUCGAUGACUACAGCGAAGGAGCCCACCCGGCGCUCCUGAAAGCCAUUCUAUCCAGCAACACAUCCCAAGAGGCAGGCUACGGCGGCGACGCAUACUGCGCCCUCGCGCGGCAGCGGAUCCGCCGGCACCUGGGCCGCGAGGACGUCGGCGUCUUCUUCGUGCCCAGCGGCACGUCGGCCAACGCCAUCUCCAUCGCGGCCUGUCUGCGGCCGCACGAGGCCGUCAUCGCCGCGAGCUCCGGGCACAUCGUCACAAGGGAGACGGGCGCCGUGGAGGCCAGCGGGCACAAGAUCAUCAACGUCGCGCCGGUCGACGGGAAGCUGACGCCCCAGAGCAUCCAGCGGGCCAUGGACGACAACUGGCACUUCCCGCACAUGGCCAAGCCGAGGCUGGUGUACGUCUCCAACGCGACCGAGAUCGGCACGCUCUACACGCGGGCGGAGCUCGCGGCCAUCAAGAACGUCUGCGAACGGAACCAGCUCCUCCUGUUCCUCGACGGCGCGCGCAUCGGGACGGCGCUGGCGUCCAAGGCCAACGACAUGACGCUCGCCGACGUGCUGGAGCUCACCGACAUCUUCUGGAUCGGCGGCACCAAGAACGGCGCCCUCCUCGGGGAGGCCGUGGUCGUCAAGGACGCCCGCCUGGCGACCGAGUACGAGUUCUACAUGAAGCAGCACGGCUCUCUGCUCGCCAAGAGCCGCAUCAUGGGCGUGCAGUUCGCCGAGCUCUUCAAGGACGGCCUCUACUUCGACCUCGCGCGGCAGGCCAACCUGUGCGCCGAGACGCUGUCCAGCGGGGUCGCCGCCGCCGGCUUCGCGGUGUACGCCGUCACGGAGACGAACCAGGUGUUUGCGGUGCUGCCCUUGGGCCUGAUACAGGCGCUGCAGGAGCACUUCACAUUCUACGUGUGGGAGAAGCGUGCCGACGACGAGGCGGUCGUGAGGUUGCUGACGACAUGGGCCACAGAGAUGACAGAGGUGGACAAGUUUAUCCGUUUGGUCCAGGGUUGGAAUAAGUAAAAAUAAAUAAAAAAGAAUAAAUAUCUAACACAUGAACAAAGUAAUACAUCGUGAACAGAGGUCCGUUA